AUGAAGUUGCGGAAGUACGGAGAUGAUGAAGGGAUACCUCCGAGCGCCGAGGCUUUCCAGUUGAAGUCUGAGAUUGAAGAGCUGUUGGUCAAGCUGCGUAAGGCGCUGCACUUUGUUUGCGAGGAGCUGCGGCGCACUCACAAGUGCAAUAAGCAUUUGGAGGAGCGUCAAAACGACCUUGCAGCUGAGCUGGAAGAGCUGAAGUCGCAGUCUGGACGGCCUACACGACCGGGCGGUGCUGUGAAGGUGAACGAGCACCUCAAUCAGCACAUCACUGUGCCCUCAUCUGCGGUGCCACUGCCGGUGCCGAUAGCCCGCACACUGGCGUAUCCGGCAAAACCGCCCCAAGCAGCACCGCCAGCACCGACUGCAUCGCCUGCACUAGCUACGCAAACAGAGCCGGCCGCCUUAACCGCGCCAGUUCCCGUGGCAGCUGCCUCGACCUGCUCGUCCGUUCCCGCGGCAUCCGAGACUCGGAACUCCGGCGACAGGGGCAAGCUUCGGGGAUCCAGUGAUCGGAGCUCCCAGGCUAGCAGCAGGCGCGUGACGCUCAAGCUGUCCAGGAAUGUGCUGAGGAAGCUCUCGGCGAUUGCCGGGCAGGCGCAGAAGGAGGAACCGGACAGUGACAGUGGCUCCGAAAUCUUUGAGGCAAAUAACCCUGAAGAGGUUUUGGAGAUGCAAAAGCUUCUCCAGCAACUGAGUUGGAAGUACGAGUACAUGAACGAGGGAGACACGAUGGUGGCUCAGCAGGAGGCAGGUGUCAAACCUUCCGGCGAAGAG